UGUAAUUUGAACCCAGUGCUUUGAGUCCUAGUCUCCAGGGCAGGUGAAAACAACCCUGUUCCCUCUUCCUUAUGACAGCUUUUCAAAUAUUUAAAUAUGACAAUCAUGUCUCCUCUCAAUCUUCCCUUCUGAUCUUUAAGAUUCUCCUCAUUGGACUUAGGGUAGUCCUUCUUCAUGGUAACCAAGAAUAUGCAAUAACAGGGGUGCUGAUGCAUGUUAGAAUAGUUUGCCUUCAUAACUAAUAAAUCCAGUCCAUGUUCUGAUAGCUUUGAACUAUGGCAGUUAAAGUGAUGCCAAACUUCAUUAAUUUUGCAGUGUAGAUCAGUGGUUCUCAACCUGUGGGUCCCUGGGUGUUUUAGCCUACAACUCCCAGAAAUCUCAGCCAGUUUACCAGCUGUUUAGAUUGUGGAUAAGAGGUUUUCCUUCUGAUAGAACAGCCAGUAUUACUGUUUUUUUUUAAUUAUAAGGAGUAUGCUUUACACCAGUGGUUUUCAAAGCAUGCGCCUCCCCCUCCUUUCCCUCCUCCUCCAAGCUCUCCCUCCUCUUUCCUGCUCCUUCCCCUCCCCCUACCUCCCUUGCUGCCAAAAGCCUUUUUUCCUGGCCAUACUCGCCACCCAGAUUCUUUCCCCGUCAAGUAGAGUCCUUAAGGAUUACAGAGUGAAUAUUUUCUUGCGACAGACAUGGAAUGACCCUCGACUGGCAUACCAUGAGUUUCCAGAUGAUGCCCUGGAUCUGGACCCAUCUAUGUUGGACUCCAUCUGGAAGCCAGACUUGUUCUUUGCCAAUGAGAAAGGAGCUCACUUUCAUGAAAUCACAACAGAUAACAAACUCCUACGCAUCUCCAAAAAUGGCAAUGUCCUGUACAGCAUCAGGAUUACCUUGACACUGGCUUGCCCUAUGGACCUGAAGAACUUCCCCAUGGAUGUCCAGACAUGUAUCAUGCAGUUGGAAAGCUUUGGAUAUACAAUGAAUGAUCUGAUAUUUAAAUGGCAGAAAGCGAAUGCUGUGCAGAUUGCUGAAGGGUUAACCUUGCCUCAGUUCAUUCUGAAAGAAGAGAAAGAUUUGCGUGAUUGUACUAAAGAAUACAAUACAGGUAUGUUCACCUGUAUAGAAGCCCGUUUCCACCUGGAGCGACAGAUGGGCUACUACCUGAUCCAGAUGUACAUCCCCAGCUUGCUGAUUGUAAUUCUAUCCUGGAUCUCCUUCUGGAUCAACAUGGAUGCUGCACCUGCCCGAGUUGGCCUGGGCAUCACUACUGUGCUUACUAUGACCACACAAAGCUCUGGUUCCCGAGCAUCUUUGCCCAAGGUGUCCUAUGUUAAGGCCAUUGAUAUCUGGAUGGCUGUGUGCUUGCUGUUCGUGUUCUCGGCUCUUCUGGAGUAUGCCGCUGUCAACUUUGUGUCCCGGCAGCACAAAGAGCUCCUCAGGUUCAGAAGGAGAAGGCGGCACCACAAGAGCCCUAUGUUUAAUAUAUUUCAGGAGGAUGACACUGGUGAAGGCCGGUUCAACUUCUCUGCCUAUGGGAUGGGACCUGCCUGCCUGCAAGCCAAGGAUGGCAUCUCAGUCAAAGGAGCCAAUAACAACAACACAGCAAACCCCGCACCACCCGCUUCCAAGUCUGCUGAUGAAAUGCGCAAGCUUUUCGUCCAACGAGCCAAAAAGAUCGAUAAGUUCUCACGGAUCGGCUUCCCCAUGGCUUUCCUCAUCUUCAACAUUUUCUACUGGAUCAUCUACAAGAUUGUCCGAAGGGAAGAUGUACACAAGCCAUGAGCCGAGAGGGGGAGUUCCUAUGCCAAAAUCAAAAGAGGAUGGAUGGUUGCAAAGGCAAGAUAGAUGGUUAUUCUAUACUCACCAUGUGCAAUAGCAAUGCAGUGAUGCAUGAAAUUAAGAAUGUGGCAAUAUCUAUUUUAAAAAGGGGCGACUUUAAAAAAAACAUAUGAACUGAAAAAUACUAGGGGGUGGGUGGGCUUUGGGAAGAAAGCUUUCAAAAACUUGAGUUGGGAAGGUUAUGGAAGAAAUGAAUUGUUUUACAGCAUAGGGAAGUUAGGAUUGCUAUGGCGGCAGUCCAAGCAGUGUAAUAUAUUAAAUAUAUAUUCAUGCUUAAUUAUAAUGCAAAAAGAAAUCCUUUUUUAGCCUAUUAACAGCUUAGAUUCUAAAGCCAAUGGAAUGAUUCAUGAUUCCAUGUGCAAAGAGGAUUGCAAUUAUGCUUAAACCAGACUCUUGCUCUACAAGGCCAUACCAGUCCUAAGAAAGCAUGCAAAAGAGAUUUUUUUAGAAAAGAGAGCGAGAGAGAGUUUGGAUGGGGAUAUUUUAAAAGUGGAAGGAAAGAUCAGGGUUUGCUGGGAAGCAUUGAGAGGAUUAUAAAUUUCAUACUAGAAAACAAUAACUUUAUUAUCUUCCCCUACAAAAUAUAGAAUAUAUACAUAGAUAGAUAGAUAAAUCUUAUUUUUAUGCGUUUCAGUGAGUGGUGCAAAUGGAAGUAAAGAAAUGCCUCUAUGGGGAAUUAAUUUAAAUUGUAACCUACAUUCUUUAACAUUCAUUGGAUGUUCCCAUGGAUUUCAAUCAGAAGUGAACAGCAGCUUCUUGAAUCUCAAGAGGUAGAAGUUGUCUCUUCAGAGCAAAGGUGCUCACUCAUACAACUCACUCCUAUUGACAGUAAUGGGAAUCCCAGGAGUGUGGUUGUAGAGUCAUCACAUGAUGUUUCAAAAGCAGUAUUAAUUUAAUGAUGCUAGCCAUAUUUCUUUAAGUUGAUAAAAAAGCAAGUUGUUAACAUGACAAACUAGAGCUUUAAAACAACCCCCCGCCCCCCCAGAAAAGAAUUUCACAACUAUAGUUCAGGAGAGAAGCAAAAAUAGGUAGGUGAAUGAUUUUUGUGUUUGUGUGUAAAUAAAAGUUAAAGAAAAUGCAUUUUAAUUGAUAGGCAUGGACUAGAACAUGAGAAAAUAUGAUAUAUGUACUGAAAAGACAAGCAUUAUUUUCUGACAUUUCAUAGCAUUAAUAAUAUUCAAGCAGGAUUGCUAGCCAAAUUAUAUUUUUGUAACUCUCUUUGGUGCUGCAUUAAGCUUUUGCGGCUAGCAAGAUAUAAAUGAGAUUUAUUUUUUUGAGCUCCUCUGCAGUUUGGCAUUUCUCCAGCUAUGAGUUAGAUGACUGCUACAUUGCAGAGGAGGAAAAACAGUCAUCGAAGUUUACAUGGACUGGGGAUUUAACCAGCUCUGCAGGGAUAGUUAAAAUUGACAGUUGAGUCCUUUAUGACAGUUUGAGUCAGUGUUUGGUCAGUGUUUAGGAUGAGGAGGGGUGAGAAGAGGGAGGAAUUGUGUGUGAGUGUAUAGACACAACAAUGCUAUUCAGUUGCUAUAUUGCACACACACAUACAUAUGGAUUACUUUCCCAGUUUUUGCACUUUAAAAAACUUAUAAUGAAAAGAGAUUUCAGCAAUUAGAAAGACAAUCAAUGUUGACCCAUAGAGACAGGAUUGGCAAAUAUCAGAGGCAGAUCUACACCUAAUGCUGGACAAAGGUAGUACUACUCUCAUGCCACUGUUUCCUAUAGCAAGUGUUGGCAUAAUGCACAUACAAAUCUAGAAACAUACACACAAUGUAUGUAUUACACACAGAGAGUCCUUUAAACAUGUCUCUACAUAUCUAGAAACUAUGAUCAGGAUAAAGUUUUCAGUUGUUUGCAUAUGCAUUUAUGGUGUCCACUCUUUUGAGUGAAAGCACCAGCCUCAUGCCAGUGUUUUCCACAUAUGUCCUAAUGUUUGGAGCUGCUCUUAGAUUUUAAAACAUAUGAUUCCAUUCAUCUAACCAAGGAAGAUGUUAACUCCAUUCUUCAACAGCUGUAGCAACUUACGUGAAAAAAUCAGACUAGAUUUAUAUUCAAUGAUUCUCAAGCAACGUAUAUAGUUGACUCAGGAAUCAAUUAUCUCCAAAAUUAGAAAAUUAUAGCCAUGUAUUUUAUAUCUGGACCUCUAACUGGGCUAAAAAUAAAACAUUUCAUUUAGACAACCCCAGCUUGAUUUCCACAGUUGGUCCUAACCAUCUGAAUCUGAAAUAAAUGUUUUAGAUCACCAUUUAGAGAAUCGGGAUUACUAUCUGCAAGAAGGAGAAAGAUCCAAAACACUGGGUGUGAUUUCUAAGUAUGGACUUCACAAAAAGAAAGAAAGAAAUGGAAGGUGCUGCCCAGUCUGUGUCUCAAAAACUCCUGUCUCUGAAUUGAGCUGUUUUGAGGCUGGCUGAGAUUAUGCAGUAGCAAAGGAGACCACUUGAUCCAGACUCAGUCUUCCCCCUUCCAUUUUACAUGGUGAGGAGAAAAAUAGAAUAAAGCAGGCCUGGCAAUAAAUACUUUAAGAGUUUCAAAACCUGAGACUAUUAUACAGAGUGAAUGUGGAUCAUUUAUAAUUGAGGUGCCAUUGACCACAGUCACCAUACUUCUAAGAAUUAUAGGUUUGCACAGCCAGAGGGACAAUGUUUUGCCAAUCUCACUUUCCAGCAUGAGGCAAUGUAUGCCACGAAAAACAGGAAGGGACCAUCUAUAAAGACAAGCCAGCAAGAGUUUUCGUGCAUCGUCAUCUUCCACUAAAAAUGUCUUCCAUUCAGAUGAAUUAAAUCUUGGAGAUUACUAUCCUUAAUUCAUAGUCUUCUUUCCCAAGUGUGUGUGCGUGUGUGUGUGGGGGGGGGGGGGGGGGGAAGCUACCUACACAGGCAACUCCUUGAAAUCUCAAGCCUUACAGCACAGUUGCUGCCAAAGACCCCACUUUGAACCCUGCCUAGACUCUAUUGCUGCACCCUCCUUUCUUCUCUUUCCCCAAACUCCUGCCCCCCCCAAAAAAAAAAUCCCUGGCUGCAUCUUCUUUUCUUUCCUUUCUUAUGUGAAAUGGAGUUGAAAUUCACCUUGCCACAGAUGCUCCAGACCAAGACACAUUAAGUAAGGGCUCGCACGGCUGCCUUCCUGCUCUAAAUUCAGACCUGCAUGACUGGGUUUGCUUUCACUGAGCCAAUUUCUCCCAGGUGUAACUUCACUGGCUUGAGAGCAGGUUAAAGCAUGACUGAAUACUAUUCUCUGAAAACAAGAAAGACAAACACACUUUAUUGCAUAACCUUUUGUGGGCUGCAGGUUGCAUUCCACAGAAAUCCUAAUAAAAUAAAAUGUGUCAGCCAAUUACGUAUGUUACUUUUGCUGUGUGGCUACACCUGCCCCAGAAAUUUUAUGAAUAGACAUUUUGGGUAGAGAUUACAUUUUCCUCUUUUGGGGGGGGGGGUGUUCCUCAGUAACCCUAUGUCCUGUUGCAUCUAAUACCUCAACCUCUGAGUAUAUGUAUUUGAUGUUAAAAUACUAGCUCCCUUUUCUUUCUAAUCUUACAAGUGAUCAUUCAAAACUUGUGUAAAUGCCUUUGGAUAAUUAUUAGCACAUCAUGCAGUAUGAUCUAUAAAGCCUUCUGCUUCCUUUAUCCUAUUUCUGCUGAAGAAGUUUUUAAAUAGAUGCACAGAACUGCUUCUCUAAGUCUGUUUGUCCAUCUAGUCCAGCCUCUGGUGGCCUAGGGGAUAAAAGCCUCAUGACUUGAAGGUUGGGUUGCUGACCUGAAAGCUGCCAGGUUCGAAUCCCACCCGGGGAGAGUGCGGAUGAGCUCCCUCUAUCAGCUCCAGCUCCAUGCGGGGACAUGAGAGAAGCCUCCCACAAGGAUGGUAAAACAUCAAAACAUCCGGGCGUCCCCUGGGCAAUGUCCUUGCAGACGGCCAAUUCUCUCAGUCCAGAAGCAACUCCGGUUGCUCCUGACACACACAAAAAAUCUAGUCAGAUAGCAUAUUAUAUAUGCAGCCUGAUCACAUGUUCUGGAGCUGUUGCUCACAAUAGGCUUAAGAGUCUCAGAGUCAAGACCCAAUCCCUGCCCUACUGCCAGUAUAAUUCAUGCUUGCCAUUGGUCCCAGUGAAACAAAUAUGUGUUUCAAAUGGUAGUUGGAUGGUGGAUCUGCUCUGGGGUGUUUUUUUUUAAAAAAAAAAAAUCUCAUCUUUGAAGGGGCUCUCCAAGGUGCUGAAAGCUUUCCCCAGCAACUUCUAUCCAUCACUGAAGUUCAGGCUAUGAGCUAGAGUGGAUUCAUUGCCUCACUGAUCUGGGGAACACCUAUUGCCUCUGAUUUUGAUGGGUGUUGAGAAAAAGAGGAUAUUGUAGUGUAUACUUAAACGUGGCUUCCAAGGGUUUAUCACAGUGCCCAGGAACCCAUUUCUCAAUCAAACAUGGCAUUUUCAUUUUAAUAGUAAGGCAAAGGCACUUUUACUUUAGCUUUCAAAGCUCAAAAGCGCUAUUUCUAAAGUGGCAGCUAAGUGGCUGUUCAAGAUAUGAAUGUUUUAUUCUUAAUUGCACUUAAUUUGCAGCCAAACGAUGCCACAACAGAAUUGUUCUCUUUGGUUCAAAUGACUUACAUUUAUACAUGCGAUUCCAUCUGAGAUUGACAGAUAUGAUUUCAUUUGCCUUGGAACAGCCAGUUGUUUACUAUUAAAAAUCCUUUGUCCCCUGUCUUCUGCUUUUUGGAGAGCAUGCUGCUACCCUGUUCUAGCCAAAUGCACUAGCCCAUUCUUGCUCCACAGCAGCAGGAUUAGAAGCCCCUCAAUGCACAGAAUACCGUUUUUUGGCAGCCGUUCUUUUACAGCUGUGUCUGGCUAAAAAGGAGUGGGAGGCAGGAUGUCUUAUUAUAUUCCCACAAUAUUUAUCAAGCCACUUCAUUAUUUUUGAAAGAUAAUUAUAGCAAGCCGUCAUCCUUCAGAGCAUUACAAUUAUUCCUGACACAAAUAAUUGCUCUAUAAUAUUAUUAUUUUGUAGUGCCACUGAAGUAUCUCUGGAUUCUAACCUAGAGCCCCCCUGCUCUCUCUCCUCUGUUCCCAAUAUUUACAGAUGUUUGGGUCACACAUAAGAUAUUCGAAAAUUUAGAAGUGGACUCACAAUAGUUGUAUGUAGAAUCUAAACAAAGCUCUUGCAUGCCCUAUUGAAUACCAUUGAAUUAUUGUGUACCAUUGUAUUCUGUUCAUUUCAGAACUAGUUUCAAAUAUGCAAUAUAUAGGCUAAAAGUCCAAUUUACCCAUAAUAGUGGUAUGAAUUUAUAUCCAUGUAGGAUCCUGAAACUAGAUCUCAGCAGAUACUAAGGACAAACUGUAGUUUUAAACUGUUGAAAACCAUUUAAAAUAUAGAAAUCAUAAUAAAAGUGCAGUGUGCAUUUUGAAAUGGUUCCCCAUAUUUUCUUUUUGAAGCUGCCAAUUCCCUUUGCUAAAUGAUAGAGCUGACCCUGCUUUACAAAGCUAGGGAACAAGAUAACAAACACAAGCUGAGAACCUACGUUGUCCAGCCUAGCACUGAGCUCUACAGGUGGACCUACGCUGUGGUUCCCCACUUACCACCUCCAGGGCUUGCUGAUUUCUUAUGGUAGCAUCCCCAAUGGUUACUCCAUGAUUGUUGGAGAGUUAGGGGAAUAAGAGAAGUAUCUGGUUAUGCCGCAUUUAUUGUUUUUAACUGCUUACAUGUCAGUUUUGUCUAAUGCUGAUCCCAUGAAUGAGCGAUCUCCAAGUGACCUUGUCAUCAGCUGCCCUGAUCAGGUCUUGCAGAUUCAGGGAUGUGUCUUCCUUGAUUUACUUCCUUCAUCUGGAAUCCAGUCUUCCUCUUUUCCUGCUGUCUUCUACCUUAUUAUCUUUUCUAGUGAAUCUUUAAGUGGGCUCUGUCCACUGGGAGAAUGUCAAUCUCCUCAAUGACAAGAAAACCAACCUAAUACUCAGGUAUAAGGUGAUCUUCCACUUAUGUUUGUCUUUAAGGGGAUGCAGGCCCUUGAGUAUUACUACACAUCUAGGAAUCAUUACAUUCAGAGGAGAAAAACUAAGAUCAGGGAUAAAUGAGUUUCACCCCUGUCUGCCCCUCCACACACAUAUAAGAGAACCCACCGAAACUUCUAUUAAAGUACUGUUUGCUUUAAUGAUGAUCUGCUACAAUUUUAAUCUCAGACCAUUUCAUCCUAUUUGCAGUAAUAUGUAUGCAUAGUCAGUUCAUAUUAAACUUCAGACAUCUUCUGUCAAAGAAUCUAUAUGGAGUCUCUUAGAAUUGCUCACCCACAACUAAUUAAAAAUAGAAAUGUUUUCAACAUAACUUGAUAAUCUAGAAAACAACUGUUUGAAGAAUAACCGAUAGGAACCAGAAGAUUUUUGGACCUGACAGUACAGUGGCCAAAAAAAAAGUUUUUUCUCCAUUUGUUAAGAAAGAAAGCUUCCUCUUGACUGUCACAGUCAGGAGAUAAUGAGCUGGGAAAAAUUAUAUUAAAGUACUCCUCUUUUCCUCCUCCCCCCCCUUUUUGGAAUAUCUAAGGCAGUUUCAUUGGAAAGGUUUAGCUAUUAAUGACAAGCUGAGUUUUUCUUAAAAUAAAUUUCACACAUUAAUGUACAUCCAUAGAUCUUUUUGAGCACCAUCCAUUCAAGCAUCCCUUUUUUGAUUAUCAGUGUCCCUCCCCAAGGAUCUCAGUACUAGAGAGCAAAUGAGAUAAAACAGGACAUUACCAAAACAUGUGAGAAAGCAAGGGAAGAACUUGGAUCAGGAAUUUUACAAAGUACAUUCCAGACACCAUCCCUAUGAAAAACAAUGUUACUGUUGCAUAAACUCUCAACUCGAUCCCAAUGUUGAAGGAUGAUACAUCAUAUUUCUUUUGCUUUCAUUUACAGAAAGGAAAUAGCUGUGUUAAGUCUGAUGCCACAAAAGCAACUGUCUUUAUUUCCCUUCAAACAUAAACAAGAUUUAUUUGCUAUAUGAUUUUGGGGGAUGCAUUUGAUGUGGUAUGGUGUAGUUCACAAAAGAUUAUGCUGUCUAAACUUUGGCCCGUUCUACACUGCCAUAUAAUCCAGAUUAUCAAAGCACAUAAUCCACAUUAUCUGCUUUGAAUUGGAUUAUAUGUCAUAUAAUCCAGUUCGAAGCAGAUAAUCUGGAUUUUACAUGGCUGUGUAGAAGGGGCCUUUGUUAGCAUAUCACAGGUUUCUGGCCUUUUUCUUUGACAGUUUUUAACACGAUUGAGCCAGAUUCAUGACUCUUUAGACUUCAAUGAAAAAAAAAUCAUUCUUCAUCAACAUGGUUUUUUUUAAUCUAAAGUGUCAGCAUUCUUUUUAAGACACAAAAUGUUACUUUACUUAUCCAAAGCUUUAGUAGAGUUUUGUUGCUAUGUGCCUUCAAGUCUUUCUGACUUAUGGUGGCCCUAAGAUAAAUGUUGCACAGGAUUUUCUUGGCAAGGUUUGUUCAGUGGGUUUGCCAUUGCCUUCCUCUGAGUCUGAGAAAAUAUAAGUUUUCAAGAUCACCCAGUGGAUUUCCAUGGCUGAAAAGGGAUUCACACCCUGGUUUCCAGAAUACUAGCCCAACAGCCAAACACUACAUAAUACUGGCUCUCUAAAUAAAGUUAACCAUUAAAGACUAAUUUUUAACAUCAUUUGGUGAUUUGAGGAAAUAUUGUAGCUUGAGACUUUACGUUUGAAAGAAUCAUGGUUGUAACAUUCAGCAAAAGCAGACAGCCAAAUGAAUUGAAUUAUUAUUUCACUAGCCUUACAAUAUAUAUGUCAAUUGAAUUCAAAGACAUAGUCAUUUUAGACUGGAAUAUCAAUAUACAAAUAGAUCUAGUAGCACCUUUGAGAUGACUGAGAGAAUUAAUUUGGCAGCAUACGCUUUCAUAGGCUGCUGCAUCUGAGGAAGUAGACUGUCCAUGAAAGCUUAUGCUACAGUUUAUUUCUCUCAAUUAGUCUCAAAGGUGCUAUUAGGCCCCUUUGCAUAAUAUGCAAAAGCAAAAGGACAAAGGCUCAUGCCCCAGGAAUUCACAAUUUAAAAAUCAAAGGACAGGGCUAACAGGAUAAGAAUGAGUUGUAAAUUUAAUUACAUGUAUGUAAGAUUACUUUCAGUUGGGAACGAUCAUUAAAAGGCUACUGAAGGCUUUACAGAAUAGGUUUUGAGGAAGGACUUGAAGGAUAAGACACUACCACUUUAUAGAAGGCUACAGGUUUACUAAUAUUCAUUUAUCAAUUCAUAGUUCCCAUAUGAUGAUUACAAAGUAAAAUAGUGACUCGGUUUUUGUCAUACAAAAGCUAAAUACAAGCCCAAAGCUAUAUUUAGAAAAAUGACAAGAAACUAAUCAAUACAAUAUAAAAGAGAAUACCACACACUUAGUGCUUACACUUACCAAAUAAUCAGAAUAUGCCCAGCAUUCCUAGUUUGUUUGUUUUUUUUUGAAUAUUUUUAUUAAUAUUUUUGUGAUGCAACCAUACAAACUUAUGGAUAAAAACAGGGAAAAGGAAUACAUUGGGAAGCAGUGCGGGGGCGGGGAAAAGGGGAAGGGAAGGAAAGGAAUAAGGGGUGGGGGGGGGAAGGGGAGUAGAAGUACAUAGAUACAGACAGCAAUUCCUCUAAUUAAUUCAUUUUAAGUAAGUUAUAAUUUGUGACCGGGUCCUCCUAUUAAUUUGGUUUAUACUUUUGUUUUGAGGUACAUGUCCACUUUUUCCCAAUUUGUCCUCUUGACAGGUUUGUCUCUUAGUUCUUUCAUAUAAAAAGUUUGUUGGUCCAUGUCCCUGAUUUCUUUCACCUUCUCUAACCAAAGAUCUAAGUUAGGAAUCUGUUCAAGUUUCCAUUUUUUGGCCAGUACUAUUCUGGCAGCAGUUGUUGUAUAUAUGAAUAAUUUGUCAUCAUUUAAUUUCCAAUUUAGUGCUGGAUCUAAGAUCCCUAGUAGAUAGGAUUCCGGUUUCAUAAGGAACUUUAUAUUUAAUAUUUUUUGGAUUUCAUCAUGAAUAAUUGUCCAAAAUUUCUGUAUUUUCGGGCACGACCACCAUAGAUGAUAAAAAGAUCCCUCCUGUGACUUACAUUUCCAACAGCUAUUUGGGUAAUUCUUAUACAUUGCUUGCAACUUUUUUGGAGUCAUGUGCCAUCUGUGGAAGAUUUUUAACCAGUUUUCUUUUAGGUUCCAGGCGUAGGUGUAAUUGAUUUUCUUCUUCCAAACUAAUUCCCAUUCUGAAAAAUUGAUAGGUCGGCCGAUAUUUCUAGCCCAGCUGGUCAUACAUUGUUUCACUGUCACUUCUUCUGUUGACCAGCCCAACAGUAUAUUGUAACUUUUUGAUAUCUCUUUUUUAUUAGAGCUUAGUAAUUUAUCCCAUGGGCCUUCUAAAUCACUAAAACCAAUUUUUGAGUCACUAUUGAAUUUUUCUUUAAUUUGUGCAUAUUGGAACCAUGAGCAAUUUUUGAAAGUCUCUUUUAUCUCUUCUUGGGAUUUUAGAUAGUAUGUACCAUUAGAUUUCUUCAGAAUGUCUUUAUAGCUUGGCCAUUUCUUCCAGUUUAAAAUAUGACGUACGUCAGCUUCUAAGGGUGAAAUCCAUAGAGGUGUCUUAGUAUAAAAAAAAGGUUUGUAUUUCUCCCAAGUUCUAAUUAGAGCCGCUCUUACAAAAUGGUUACCGAAAUUUUUUUCUAUAGAUCUUUUACUAUACCAGAGGUAGGCGUGCCAACCUCUACGGAGGUCAAAACUUUCCAGCGUUAAUAAGUUCUCAUCCCAGCAUUCCUAGUUUAAGGGAGUUCUCCCUAUUUCUUGGAUCUUUUAUGAAUCAGUUUUGCUCAAGGCACUUUCCCUUCCAGCUAAACUGAUACCAUCAGAAGUAACUUCACCACAGCACAGAAUAUCAACACUGGAAAUUAAUCGUUUUUUGCUAGUGAAUUGAUUUUCAACCUCUCUUGAAGCCUAUUUUGUUUUGUUUCUGGUUUUGUUUUUGUUUUGUCUUUUGUUUUUUGUUGUUGUCUUUUGUUAAACAAAAGUAAAUAUUCUAAGCUACCUUCAGAGGAACAUGAAAGGAACAGUAAACAUUUACUCAAUAGUUAAAAAAAUAAGUUAAAGGGAUUUGAGGUGGGGAGACAUACUAAUAAAACAAUUCUCAAUGUUGAAUUCUGAUAAGAGCCUAAUAAUCACAGAUCAAAUGUUUAGCGCAAAAUAUUAAAACUGUUUUGUCGAAGGCUUUCGUAGCCAGAAUCACUGGCUUGCUAUGAGUCUUUCGGGCUGUAUGGCUAUGUUCCAGAAGCUUUCUUUCCUGACGUUUCACCCACAUCUGUACCUCACAACCUUUGAAGAUGCCUGCCACAGAUGUGAGCAAAACAUCAGGAGAUAAAGCUUCUGGAACAUGGCCAUACAGCCCGAAAGACUCACAGCAACGCACUCAAAGUGUUGUUUAGCUCCACCAACCAAUCCGGUGUGUAGAUUUGUUUGGAUGUCAUCAAACAAGCAGCCUCAAGCUCAGUUACAGCUAUACACUCAAGUGCCAUGCUGCUACUGGAUAUGCUUCCGAAGCUCUCUCUAUAUCCUCAACCAAUCACACACUCACUCCAACCUCAUCUGCAUUCAGUUUCAUUCUCAUAACUUCCACCAUCACCUCCAAUAUGUGCAACCUCUUGCUGAGAAUUCUGUUACAAACCCCAGUCUCUUCUUAAAACAAACACAUUCAAUGGAUCCAUCAGAAAAAUAUAGCUGAAAGUAAUUUAAAAAAAAUUUCUGGGCCACAUCUAUUCAUUCAGUUAAAGGAUUCAAAUGGAUUAUCAUUCCAGGCAAAUACAAAUACAGAAGAAAUGUAUCUCUGGGAAAUUCUGAGCAUUGCGGUCCAAGAAAAAGAAACUUAACCAAGCUCUGGGUUUGAAAUGCAAAAUUGCUCAUUACCGUUUUCUAUAUAACCUUGCUUUACUGGAUCCAUAUUAACAAGGUUUGUGUUUGGAUUUUUUAGAGUAUGGUUACUCUUCAUUUCUCUCCUCCUUCCUCUUGCUGUUCUUUAUCAUUUUAAUAUGAUUUUUGUGUGCUUCUUCUAUUUUCUACUUUUUGCUUUCAUGGAUGUUUUACAUUUGAUUAUCAGAAUCACAGUUUGAGAGUGGGGUAGGUCUGUUUUAGGAUGAAGCUAUAGCAUUUUAAUAAGAGUUCAAAAUAAUUAAUUUAAUCCCACAAAUAUCUAUUAAAACAUACUCCAUACUAGUAUUUAGGAGUGGGAGAUGCCCACUUUAGCACCUUGCUAAUUUAUAUCCCUCCUUAUAUCAAAGAGAAAAUUUAAAGACAGGUUAAAAAUCAUUAAACAAGAUGGUUGUAUGUCUGAAGGCAGACUGAAUUACUACACUAGCAACAUAGUCAUAAGUCAAUUUCUGAUAACAUGUCUAGGGACCCAGCGUUAUUGCCUAGAGUGUAGUUAAGAAUGGAGAGUUUCCAACUUGGAGAAGAUGAGAGAAAGACCCUGGGAAGUGUGACCUUACAUUUUCUGGGGCUCAGGGAUAAGGAAAAGAUGGAGGCAAUAACUGUGCCCUUGAUGACAACCACUGUUCCUGUCUCUUACUUACAAUGGGAAGUUGCAGCAAUGCCAUUCAGCUCUUCAGAGAAGAAAAGAAUACAGAGCACAUACUUAGCCUACUCAAAGAGCAAAGAAAACAUCUGACCAGAAAUGGCUGCUGGCUCUUGUGUCAACAGAAGAUUGCAUCCACAUUUCAUCCCAAACUUUAAAAGAGAUCUCCAAAGUAUUGGCCUCUGUUUCCCAAAUUGUUCCAGCAUCUUGAUGGCUCCCUUCAAGUUCAGACUUAAACCUAGAACAGAUUCACUUCCCCCCUGAUGUGAGAGCCACUGGCUGCCACAGAGUAAGGUGCAAGGACUCUCUGAAUAUGUGCCUCUUCAAAACAUUUUGUAUGAAGAUUAAGUCAGGAUGCCUUCAAUUCUAAAGAUCUAAGGAGUCCAGAUUUCAAAAAGCAAUCAAAUAUAUUCAAGAUUAAAUCCCCACUCUGCUUAUCUUAAUGUUUCCAACCAAGUCAGGUGAUAGGUCAUAAAUUGAAGUCUGUGCAGAAUGACUCUGGUAAUCUGCCAGGAGACUGUUGCCUCCAAAGAAUGAGACAUUACCAAUGUAUUAGAGAAAGUAGCAGCUGCAGCAUAUCAAACCAAUGGGCCAGAACACCAGCUUAUUGAGGUCUGAUUCCAGCUACAAAAUAGAAAUGGUUAUGGCAGUCUACCAUGAAUCUAGAAAAGCAUACUCCUACCAGAUCCAAAUGUAGAAGUACAGUAGCAGAUCAGACAUAUCCUGGAGCGAUCAUGCAGCAUUUCAGAAUAUAUGUUAUCUGGUCGUGCCGCUAUGUUGCUAAAUGAGCAUAGCACAAUGGAUAACAGAACAGAGUAGAUAGUAUCCAUCUUGAUGGCAGCAUUCAAAGCAAACUCAAGGAUACUAAGGACCCUUUCACAGUAUGCAUUUGCAGCACUUUGAUUCCAUUCCAAUAUGCUAUGGAAUCCUGAGAUUUGCAGUUUUAGGAGGAGACUUUACAAUUCUUAGCCAGAGACUUCUAUUGCUUCCCCAAAUUAUAAAUCCUUGACAUCUAUAUGUUGCUAUGGCAGUUAAAGUAGAAUCCUAGUCCUGAAACUCUGUAAUGUGAAAGGACACAUGGUCAAAUUGUUCAAUUUGAUAGAUCUGAGAUACAUUUUGAGGUUUGCCAUGGCUGACAAGUUUGAAACUUCUCAUCCCUGAUUAGAAAAAAAUGGAUAUGAGAUAAAACUCACAGCACGUACUAAUUUUAUUCUGGACACUUUUCAGAAUCUAAUUAACAAAAUAUACUCUUUCUUGUUACUACUGUAUUCCAAACUAUUUCUCAGGAGUUUAUUUGACUCUGGUGAUGUAUUCAUUUCUUUGUGUCUAUUUGGAAACCAUCAUAUAGACAGCCAAAUAUCAGUAGAUAACACUCCAACCUUGCUUUGUUUGAGGCACUAUCCUGCACCAAUAACUGGGUUUUUUCAAACCCUAAAAACAUUAACAAUUAAGGUGUGAACAGCCCAGCAGCUAGAAUAUUUCUCAGAAUCACUGAUUUCUCUGCUUAAAGGAAAUCCCUAGUAGAGGUGCUUUAUUACUUGCACUCUGUACUUACUACUACUCUUAAAAAAGAUAAGUGAGCAAUUGCUUACUCUUGCAAAAUGAUCAUGUUUCCAUUUAAAAAAACAAGGACGUAACUGUGGUUCUAACAUAAACACAGACCAGAAGCUAGGAGUGCUAUUCAAAAUACAUCAGAACUAAAUUGAACACUUCAACAACACAUAGCUUGAUUGGAAUAAGCUAAUUCCCAAAGUCUGUGAUGGUCCUUGAAGCCAACAAGGAGCUAAAAUAAUAACAAUUACUCUGCCAUGUUCUUCAGUGAGGGCUUUUAACAUGUACUCUUUCAGAAAUGUAAACAGAAGAAUGAGUUAUUAGAUCAGAAGACAGCCUACCCAUGACUUUUCGUAGAGUGGUAGUGAGCAAAAUCAGUAUGUGAACAGAGAGCAUGGCUUCUCAAGAACAUUACUGACGUGUGCUUCCCAAUUGAAUGCUAUUGUUGAUGCUCAUCUUAAUAGCCCUUCCACCUUACUAAAAGUUGUAGAGAGGAUUCAAUACAUUUUUAGGAAAGUCACAUUGUCCAAAUUGGAAUUUUAUUUUAAUGGAAGGGAUUAUAUGCAUUACAGUAAAGAGACUGAAACUGUCUUGUACUGCAACCAAUCUCAUACCAGCAGAUCAUGUUACUGCCACACAGCUAAAAACUUAAAGAGAAAAUAUUUUUUCUUGACUCAUUUACCAUGCAGCAUGGGACUUGAGUAAAGUUGCACAGAAGAAUAGGUAAAGGUAAACCUUUGUGUGAGUUGUUGCUUGUGGGCAGCCUUCUCAUAUUAAAUAUAUAUAUAUUAAGAAUUCUCAGCUUCCAACUUUUGAAUCAUUAGUAUUUAACGACUCAAAAUGUCAGAUGUAAGUAAAUAGAAAUACAUUGACAGAAGAAACCAACAUCCAGCUCUGUGACUACAGAACUUCAUCACCGCUGUCACAUGUUGAGGUGCUAAUCUUUUCACCAUGUCUUUUCUUUUCUAAAGUCUUGUUCCACAGAAACUCCCCUGCUGGUAUCAAGGAAACAAUGCAAAAUAAAAUGAACCUUUCUUUUAUUUUCUAUCUAAGAAGGAUUCCAGAAUGCAUAUCAGCUGAGGGUUCAACUUUGUAAUUCUCUUGAAUAUAGUCUUUUAGAUGGUUUAAGAAAUUCAUAUAUGGUCUGAAAUAAUGGCAUCCUGAGUAAGAAAAAGCGGUAUGCCUCUUAGAAGUUUGUGAAUGGCAGACUGGUUUGGAAGAAACCGUGGCAAAAGAUGAACAAGGAAAUAUUAUACUACUAACAUCAAGGCCACAAUCUGAAUAACAGUAUGGUGAAGAGGGGAGCAUUUUUAAAUUUACUAAUAACUUUAUUAGCAGCUUUAUGAUAAUAUGGAUUGCAGACAAAAUCCUCCACUUAGCAUAACAUAAAAAUAGCUAAUGUGAGAUGAAGAGGAAAAGUUCAAAAGGCCUAUAUUUCUUGUCUUUUUUCGAUAAACUCAUUAGUUUGUUGGUGUAGCUGAUUAUGUAACUUAAUUUGGCUCUACCUGCCUUGCUUUUACUCUUUUAGAAAUCAGGGCAUAAUCUUAAUAGCCUUUCUCAGUUCCGGGUCUCUCAUUAGAGACUGAGAGAAACAAAGCUAUGGAAAGUUGAAAAGAAAUGUUCACUUUGUAGACUUAUUUCAUACAUCUAAAAACACCAUGCUCUCAAUUUUUUUAUCUUUCAGAAUAGCAUGAUCAGGUCUGCUAAAGAGAAAAUAUCACUUGGUUUAAAAUAGGUAUUUAAUGGCCCCAGUGAAUGCUCCUGAGUAAAUGGUGUGGUAACAUUCACGAAACUAAGCCACCUUGAGCCUUAUCAAUGCCUAGAUGGAAGCCCCAUGGAUUUGAUCCAAUUGUUAGCCCAAAAUGGAGCAGAUCCUAUGAAUUGAGGGGAAUUUGGUGAGUCAACAAUUAUGUAAUUUACACUGACUCCAUGGGUUUGCUAAUGUUGGGACUGCCAACUGGAUUUAGACAUAUGCAAUUUUUAAAGUUAUUACCUUUAUAUCUGAUCUUUGUUCUCAAGGAUAGGUGGCUUACAUUAAAUAUAGUGUAAAUAAAAAUAUACAAAGGAUUGUCAUUAAUGUGCUUUGAGUGCAAUUUUCCUCCUUCUUGGCAGGGGAUUGGGCUGGAUGACUAAUGUGGUCUCUUCCAGCUCUAUGAUUCUAUGAUUCUAAUGUGUAAUCAAACUACAUUAACAAUUAAAAAUCACAUUAGCAACCAUUUAAACAUGAAAUAGAAAAAUUAAAAGAUAAAGGAUAGCUAAAAGGAAAUACAGCACACUAGAAAAAUGUGCUUCAUUUAGAAGUAGUCAGUUUCUGCUGAUUUUUAUGUCUUUGCCUGCUGACAGAAGGACAGCAAAGUGCAGGUCAAUUUGACCUUCCUUGGAAGACCAUUCCAGAGCCUAGGAUCAGCUGCCAAGGAGCCCCUUGUUAACUCCAUCUUGCUCAUUUAAUAAAUUUGCUGUUUCAGGAUUAGGUCCUAAAAUCAAGGGGACCCUUCUGCAUGCAUAAAAGAACUUUCCUUCAGCCCCCUUAAAGCAUUUUAUGAUUUGGAGAAUCUUUGGGAUUGGUAUAGGAUAUAAUGUAGAGGACUUCCGCUGAAUGGGCAAUUUUGGGCCAGCCCCAUCAUUGGACAGUGAGGUUCAGUGCUAGGUUGAGCAAGGGUUGUUGCUGCAAGAUAUUGGAGGACAGAGCAACAUAUUCACCACAUAGCAAACUCUGUACUCCUCUAUGCUACAGAGAGUGGAGGAGUGUACUCUACAAUUACCAGGGUCACAGGAAGUUGAGGUUCCCAGUUCUCUCAGUUUAGGCACAUAGAGUUGGGUAGGGAUACCAUUUUGUCCAUCACUCCAAGCAAUAAGGUAUCUUGGGCCAUCCCAAGGAUAACUGGGAAACACUCACUCCUCUGUGCGAACAGAAGGACCACCAUCCCAAGACUCCCCAAAUAUCCAUCUCAUGUGUUUCAACUCCAGUUUAGGAGCUCCUGGUGGCACAACAGAUUAAAACCUUGUGCCAGUAGGACUGCUGACCUAUAGGUUAGUGGUUUGAAUCUAGGGAGAGGGGGUGAGCUCCCUCUGUCAGCUUCAGCUUCCCAUACGGGGACAUGAGAGAAGCCUCCCACAAAGAUGGUAAAACAUCAAACGUCCUUGCAAACAGCCAAUUCUCUCACACCAGAAGUGACUUGCAGUUUCUCAAGUUGCCCCUGACAUGAAAAAACUUCCAACUUUACCCAUUAACAGAAUAUCCAAAGUAGUUUCCUUGAAAUGUAGCCACCAGAUAUAUCCCAGUUAUAGACUAACAAAAAGGCACAGUACACAUUCUGAUUAAUGUUUAGCCUUAUCAUAGCUCUUAUUUCCAGUUCUUGUUUGUAUAUAUUUAGUGAAUUGAAGCAGUGUGGAAUAAAAGGAGAAUCUCUCAGCUCAGCCACAUUUGAUAGCAUUGCACUUACUGCUUUUCAGCAGUUUAGUAGGGAGGACAAAUUCAAAAUGUUAAAACACUGAAUCAGUGUCACUACAAGAAAAUGUAAGCAUUUGAGGAAGAAAGGUGUAUCAUAUCAGUGUUACUCAGCAUGGUAAUGCACAGGCCAGUUCCAAUGCAUAAGCCAUUGGUGCCAAGCAGUAGUGUUUUCCAGGAAAGAAAGGGUUGUAGCCAAUAUGGUAGCAGUUCCUGGCACAUUAGGGACGUCUGUGGCAAACUGACACUAAAGCAGAACUGUCAUUUAUGAUGAUGGUUCCUAUGGCACAAUACUGUUCACAAAUCGUUGCUGGUCUGUCACCUCUCUGUAACAAACCUAUCCCCUGCCACUGAUGAGAAAAACCUAUCAGUAGCCCCUGGUCACAUCAAAGUCCUGUAGCUGAGCUUGUGCAGUGAUCUCCUGAUCUGCUUCUGUACUGGAGUGCUUGUACAGAAGUGACAUCAGAGACCAGGAUUGUCCUGCUCUCCCACUUUUCCCCACUCCUGCAAUUUAUCAAUUUAAUUUUAACCAAAACUAUGCUGCAUUUGCAAAGUUGCUUUUGCUAAAAUUUAUAUCUAUCUAUCUAUCUAUCUAUCUAUCUAUCUAUCUAUCUAUCUAUCUAUCAAAAACCCCUCUGGAGCAGUGGGAUGAUUGGAGAGCUGAGUUCAGCUACUAUUUGGAAGGAUGGCUGCAGGAUUGGAUUGGCAAAGUGUCACAGUAGCACAAUACUUGGAGAUAUACAAUAGUGAGGGUCACCAUAUUGCUAUGUUGCCACUAUAUCUGAUUGUGGGAUAGCAGCUUCAUGUGAUAAAGUCCCAAGAGAGGGAAUUGUCAAAUCUCCCUCAUCAGACAGCCCAUGAAGCACUGUUCCAUAACAACACAUCUGGCAUUAGUUAGAUUAGUUAGAUUCUCUUUCCCAACUUUCCCCAGAAUGUCAGUGCAUGCUGGACUACAAGUCCCAUCAUGCCCUCUCAAUGGGAGUGGGUAGGAAGGAUGGAGCUGUAGUCAAAUACAGCCAAAGCCACCAGAUCAGGGAAAAUCUGCUGUUCUAUACUAUUUAUAAAUUAUAUUAGGGAAAUUUUGGAAAUGCACAUCUCAGCAAGGUUAAGGUGAAAAAGGUUUGUAAUGAGUUUAGCCCAAUUCUUUUUCAUCAAACUGCACAUCUCAGAUCUAACACUGUUAUUAUGGGGUCCCUCCAUAGACAUUCAUACACUGCCACAAGUGAUGUGUGUUCCCAUGAGAUAAUACCAUAUUCCUAGAAUUAAGCAACCAUAUAGGCAGAAAAUAGCAUUUGGAUCUUGCUCAACCACAUAUAAGACGGUUAUCUGGGAAGAAUGUUAUGCUGUUGGUUGUGGCUGAAUAGUUCUGAUAUCCAUACACUUACUCGGGCUAUUGAGCCUCUGCCCCCACUUUAUUGUGAGUGCCUGUGUAUCUCUAGUGGGCCUCGGUUAAUUGAGGAGUUGAGUGUACUCCAUUGACGAUUACCAGUCAGAUUCAACUAUGUCAACACACAAAUCCUACCGAUGAUCAUUAUUCCUGGAUCAACAAUCAAUUGCAUCACAAAAAUACAACUCAGGUGGGAAUAAAGCAAGUGAGGAGAAAGUUGUAGGUUUAUUUUGUUUUUAUUUCUUAAAUGCAAGUACUUUCUGUCAAUCUAGAAGUAUGUGUAUAUUGAAAACAUGCACUUUAGGAGGUAUUUCCUCAGCUGAAGGACCUUCCAAAAAUGAAAGACAGUAGUUGAGCUGACGAUUUUGCCAGUUACUUUUUCCCAGGAAACGAGGGACUGCCCUGCCUUUUCUAUGUGAAAUUUGUAUGUACAUGUCCCAUUGGUAUGGCCUUAAUGUUCCAUUAAGGAUGUUUUUUGCUACAUCAGAACCAGAGUGCAAAGCAACUGCUUCCUUAAGAGUAAACAUUUUUACAUCAUAAUAAACCUGUAACUUAUAUGAAGUACAGCUUGCAUGCACAUACACAAGAAAAAAACAUUCAGAUGUCAAUGGCAGAUUAUUUUUUGGCUUGUAAAAAUGAAUUUUAAGAGGAAAAAAUCUAUUUCAGCAGUUUGAAGAUGGAAUGUAAAUUUCUGUUAAGUGUAUAUAAAAAGUAUAUUUAUUCAACCAUACAUUCAUGGCAAUUCAAACUAAAAAAAUAAACAUUUUCUGACAA